GUUUACAUCCGGGAACUUUCUAUUAUACUGCCUCACUCCCCCCACUUCCGCAUUCAGUUGCCUUUUCCAAGAUGGCGACCAUAACAGAAUUGAAAGCAGUUUUAAAAGAUACGCUGGAGAAGAGAGGUACGCUGGGACAGAUAAAAGCAAGGAUUAGAGCUGAAGUUUUUAAUGCUCUAGAUGACCAAAGCGAACCACGACCACCGUUGUCCCAUGAGAAUCUUUUAAUCAAUGAACUGAUCCGUGAAUACUUGGAGUUUAACAGAUACAAGUACGCUGCAUCCGUUCUCACAGCAGAAUCUGGCCAGCCUGAAGUUCCGUUGGACAGAGAAUUUCUUGUUAAUGAGCUAAAUAUAGUUGAAGAUCCCAACAGCAGAUCAGUCCCACUUCUGUAUGGAAUUAUAAACCAGCUGUUGCAUGGCAAUGAAGAAAAUGUCUGUCAUACCUUCCCCAGAGCAUCUUCUUUACAAUUUUCAAAGUGGAACCUUGGCAAGCCAACUAACCAAAGGAGUCAAAUGGACACUGCUGUGGAGCCAGGACGUGUGGCCGGCCAAAGGCUUGAAGACAUGUUGGUUUCGCAGGGCAUCAAUAGAUAAAAUAAACAGUUGCAUGUUGUUUCAUACAGAGCAGCUAUUUAUGUUUAUUAUGGUGUGAAGCACCCAAGAUUGAUUGAUUUUAAAAUGGGUAAGGACUGUUUUAUAGGAAUGACAUUUUAGAUCAUCUUUGUGCUGUGGUUCAGCAAUUCUAAUCCGGAUAGUCAUGCUUGCCAGUGUCUAGGAUCCCAGGGUAUAUUGUUGGGUAAAAGGAUGUCCAUGUUAAUGUGGAAGCAUAAGAAAUCGUCGCAGUCAUUACAGCAUUGGUCUUCAUUUGGUAGCUCAGAAUCCAUUUCUGUUUCAUGGUCUGAUAAAUGGUAAAUAAAGAAAAAGUGAGCCCCAAAAUGCGUGUCUGGGCUAAAGGUGGGGGCCUAGGUCUGACAAUUAAAGCAACAUGCAGCGUUUCAGUUGCUCAGCUUGAUAUUAAAUUCUAUUUUUGGAUAUGUAUAUGUGAAUAAAGGGAAUUUGCCGUAAAA